AUGCUUCAGCGAAAGUCAAUUUUUGCAUUGCUCUUGACAGCCUUGUGCUUGGCCGUAUGCAUGGGGCAAAAUAACAAUGGAAACAACCCUGAUAAUGGAGGAGGUGGCGGUGGCGGUGGUGGCAACCUCCAGAUUUGGUCUCAAGAAUAUCAGUUCCAGUUCAAGCAUUGUGUUCUUGGCAUCUGCGGUAGUUGGCAAAACCUCCCCAACAGCCUUUGGUGUGUCAUAGAAUACAUAAAUACCGGUGCGGGAGAAUCUACGAGCUUCAAAGACAAACUCAAUGGAAACGACUUUCCCAAUACUAGUUUGGCUUCGCGAACUAGACUCAAGCGCGUCAAUACCAGCCCGGAGGAGAGCCGCCACUGUAGGCAGCGUGAUGACAUUGGAGCCGGCGGUUGCGGUGAUAUUGUCAGCGCCCUAGAAAGGACUGCCGACUUUGAACUAUGGGGUCAGUGCUGA